AUGCCCAGUCCAGUGCAACCGGCGGAAACACCCUCCAAGAGAAAGUCAAUAUUGAAGGAGACUCCCAGCAAAGUCAAUGGGUUCACAUCAGUGGAUGGCACGCCUAGCUCGCUGAGAAAAGUUUUGUUCGCGACUCCGACGGAGGCAAAGGAGAAGGUCAAUGGGAAGGAGGACGAGGAGACACCGACAGCGGUCCGCAAUGAUCGAUCGGCGCAUAGAAAGAGUCGACAGACAUUGCAGAAGCAGCUGGUAGAGGUGGAGGAUAGUGAGGAGGAUGCACGGGAUGAGGCGAUCGCGGCGGCAAUAUUGGGCGAGGAGGACGACGAGGAUGAAGAUGGGGAGGAUGAAGAGGAAGACGAGAUUGCGGUCGAUCUCACGGCAACUCCUUCCAAGUCUGGCAAACCACGCGGUAGACCCAAGGGACGACGACGAGUGCGGACACCGAGUCCACCACCGGAUCUCCCUUCUCACGAACUGUUCUUCUUCCAGAAUCGUGCAGGCGGCAACAAGACUUCCACAAACACUCUCGCGCCUGGUCUGCUUCUCAACCACGACGACUACUUCACUCAGAUCAGCACAUACACGGACCCUCACCAGGAUGACAUCUCUCGACUAGAGUCACUUCAUGCUAGUGCAUUCUCGCAAUGGGCGUUUGAACUCUCCCAAGGCUUCAACAUCUGUCUCUACGGGUACGGCUCCAAGCGAAAUCUGGCUACGUCCUUCGCCACGCAUCUCUACCAGCAGUCAAGCCCGUCGCCGACAAUCGUGGUAGUGAACGGCUACACUCCCAAUAUUACUCCGAGAGACAUCGUCCAAACUUUGGCAUCUGCCGUUCUACCAGAGUCCAUCUCCUUGCCAGCCCAGCCUGCGGCAAUUCUCGACAUCCUCCUCCCGAUCCUGAAUCCCGCAAAACACGACAUUCACCUUCUUAUCCACUCCCUCGACUCGCCUCCUCUUCGCCGUAGCCCAGUACUGCCACUCCUCCUCGCUCGUUUGUCCUCCCAUCCUUGCAUCUCUCUCCUUUGCACAGUCGAUACGCCUUCCUUUCCAUUUCAUCCGGUCCUCUCCCAUCCGCAAAGUCCGCCAUACCUCUACCAUGAUGCAACGACUUUCGCGCCGCUGACGCUCGAACUGGGCGAUGUGGUAGAAGAUGUAAAUGCUUUGCUGGGACGGAGCACGAGACGACUCGGAGGCAAAGACGGCGUGGCAUACGUGCUGAAGAGUUUACCCGAGAAUGCAAGACGUUUAUUCGCAAUCUUGCCCAAAGCCAAACCCAAAGCGUCGAAGACGAAAGUCCAGCCUUCCGCCGGCGGCCAGGGAGUGGAGUACCGCGCGUUGUACCACAAAGCUGUGGAGGAGUUUGUGUGCAGUAGUGAGGUUGGGUUCAGGACGUUGUUGAAGGAGUUUCAUGAUCAUCGUAUGAUUGAGAGUCGGACCGACAGUACCGGGACGGAGAGGUUGAUUGUGCCGUUUGGGAGGGGAGAGUUGGAAGGGGUUUUGACGGAAAUCGUGUGA